AUGGAUACUCAAAUGGGUUGGCGCUCUUACUAUGAAAUAGAUGAAAACCCAUUUCCAUUUACAUGCCAGUUUUCUUACAGCGGAAAUGGUAAUGAGUAUCCUGCACUAGAUUGGUCAAAUGAAUUUCCCAUACAAGAUGGUUAUCUUGAUGCUGUUCCUCUUAUGGAGUGCUACCCUUUAGAUCCUUUGUAUGAAACUCUCGCCAUUGAACCAACACCAAGCGUGCAAGUGCAAGAUAUUGGUUAUGUUCUCAAUGUUACUACUGCAGAUAAUGAUUUUUAUAAUAUUAAAAAGGGGCUUCCUGUGUGGAAUGAGAUUGAUGCUGGGUUCGAUUCAGAAAAUGCUUUUGCAUUUUGUAACAACGAAGAAAAUGGGAAGGAAAUGAUAAAAGAUGGGGAGGUUAAGCGAGGAAGAGAAGAGAGAAGUAGCAACAUUAGAAUGUUAUCAAGGAAGACCAUAUCUCAGUACUUCUACAUGCCCAUAACACAAGCAGCAAGGAAGCUUAAUGUUGGCUUAACACUUUUGAAGAAAAGGUGCAGAGAGUUGGGAAUCCGAAGGUGGCCACACAGGAAGUUGAUGAGUCUGCAAACCCUGAUAAAUAAUGUUCAGGAACUGGGGAAAGAGGAGGGGCAAGAGAAUGAAGAAAAGUUAAGGAAUGCUAUUGAGAUAUUAGAGAAGGAAAAGAAACUCAUGGAGGAAAUGCCAGAUAUGCAACUUGAAAAUAAUACAAAAAGACUUAGACAAGCUUGUUUUAAGGCCAACUACAAGAAGAGGAAGCUCAUCGGGUUGAAGGAAGGACGUGCUACAACUACUGACCCAAUGGGUGAAUAUAGUUAUGACGAAGAUGAACGAGAUAUUGAAUCUCUGUUGUCUGUUACACAGUCGUCUUGCAAUCUAAUGUUCUAG